AUGGCAGAAAUCAGCCGGUGCGAUGACGGCAAUGCGAACAUGCACACAGAACUCGACUGGUGCAUGAAGGCCGAGGUCACGGCGGAUGAAGAGCUCACCGAAGAUGAGGAAGUCGCCUUGGACGAAGAGCUCGCCGAGAUGGCAGACAAUUUAGCACCCUCCGUUCAGCUACGAUUAUGGCUCGCUAUGAAGAACACUUCCCAAUGCUCGGAUCUGACCUCUACCAUCGAGAUCAAACGAGAGCGACCACCAGACCAUGAAUUCGAGCAACUCGGGGCCUGUCGGAACCACCCCGACCCAUUCGGGAAAGGCAUCUCCAAAAGGCUUAAAGGGACCUCAGGCUUGCAU